AUGCGAGUCUCUGUUCCCACAAUUCCUCAAUUCCUCCUUGAACGGGUGCCGUCAAGGCCGCCAAUAUCUACUACAGCUGCUAUAGAACGUGUUGCUGAUUUUAUUCGCCCAGGAAAUGUCACCGUUCUCACGGGAGCGGGCGUAAGUGUGGAUUCAGGGAUUCGAGCAUACCGUGGAAAGGAUGGACGGUACAUGAACCCCAACUACAAGCCUAUCCUAUACCACCAGCUCGUCGACCGCACCGAAAAGGGCUUCCGAUUUCGCCAGCGGUAUUGGCUACGCUCGUUUGUGGGCUAUCCACCGGUGCGAGAUUCCCAGCCGAACACGACCCAUUUCGCGUUGGCAGCCUUGCAGUACAAGUCAGUGAUAUCACGUCUGAUCACACAAAACGUCGACGGGCUCCACCACAAGGCCAUAUCCCACGUAUGGGACGAACCUACUCGCCAGUCCCGUAUUUUAGAGCUUCAUGGCACUCUACAUAAAGUGAGCUGCAGCUCAGGGCACGUCGUAGAUAGGCAGACCUUUCAGGAUUGGUUGGCUGAUGCCAACCCUAAGUGGAAGGAAUUCAUGGCCGAAUCAGAGAGGACAGGUAUUCAACCUAGGACCAACCCAGAUGGAGAUGUCGUUCUAGAAGGAGUAUCCUACGAUGACUUUGUGGUCCCCGACUGCCCAACAUGUUUCUCGGAGAACAAGCGAAAUUGCAACCAUAAACCACACCUCAUCUUCUUUGGAGAAUCCAUACCACAGGAUGUGAAGGGCCGGUCCUUUACGGACGUCGAGUGCGGUGAUAGGCUUCUGAUGAUGGGCACUACACUCGCUACGUUCUCCGCAUUCAGGUUGGUGAAACACGCUUUAGAACAACACAAGCCCGUUAUGCUACUAAAUGUUGGCCCCACACGCGCCGAUGACAUCCCGGAAGUAGAGAAAGUUGAGAUCCCCACAGGUACGAUCCUCAGACAGGUCGUCGCCGCAGUCCUGGGCAACGAAACACAUGAUCCCGCCGUCACGGAGAUGCUGCGAAGCGGGGUCUUCAAUCCCCCAUCUAAUGAUUCCAAUCAGUGA